AUGAAUGGUUAUCAUAUCAGCUGGGGCACAGGACAACAUCUGGAGUACUUGGAUGUACCUUCGAUGAGAAUCCCAACCCUGAAGCACUUCUAUUUCUACCAGUUGGUGUAUCCUUUAGCGUUGUUCUUCGUCAAGGCUAGCAUCCUGGCAUUGUACCAUCGCCUCUUUGAGAAGCUAGAAUUCCGAUACAAAGUGUGGUUUGUAGCUGCAUUUGUGACAAUCUACACGAUUGUAGUCCUUUUCGUCAAUGCUUUCGAAUGUAGGCCGAAGCCUUCGCAAGCAUGGUCACCAACGUUUCCCAAGGGUUGCAACAACCUGCGAGCUACCUAUUUCGCGCUCGGGGCCAUAAAUGUCCUCACAGACAUCACGAUCUUUCUCUUGCCGUUCAAAGCUUUUUGGAAGUUGCAACUAGAUCCGAGAAGACGGUGGGCUCUCUUCGGUAUCUUUGGUGUUGGUGGCAUGGCCGUCAUUGCUUCAAUCGUGAGAAUAUAUGCGCUCUGGCUGUACAAUGUCACCAAAGAUAUAUCGUACGACUCAAUCUUCAUUCUACUAUUAUCACAGAUCGAAGUCAACGUAGCAAUCAUAUCCGCCUCGGUCCCGGCCAUACGACCACUCCUCAGGAACACACCACUUUCAUUCAGUCAACCGAAGGCGUAUGGAAUCGGCUACACUCGUACAAUAGGCAGUGAAUCGGCCUCCAAUAACUGGAGUUCUCACAGUCGCACAAGAUCCAGUGGUCAAACCGAGCUUCUCACGUACGGUGGGCGUAGCCCGGUGGCAAAACAGAAAAUUUUGUGCGGAGGAAGAAGCAAUACAAGCGAAGAGUCCAUUUUGAAAGACGAUGGUAUUACGAAGACCAUGGAAACAAGGAUAGACUUUGAGCGGAUUCCCGAUGAAGAGUUGCUGCCGCGCCGGAUACCCAGGAAGAUUUCGCAUCGAGCAAGAUGCAGCAACAAAACCGCGAAAGAGUUUGGGGAAUAUGAACAGGGUUUUUAA